ACUUGGACGCGCAUGCCGCAAACUGUCGUAAACCCUCCAGGUGUCGGUGUAUUUAAAAGAUUCAACUGUUGUUUUCUCUCAGCGAAAACGAACGUUUUGGAGCUCACAUUUGCAAGCGUGCUGGUUUAUUUAUGGCUAAAUUUACGCUUUAAUAUUUCUUGUUUCAAGCCAAAAUGGAGCGUGCGUUAAAACACGGCAGCCGGAAAAUAAGUUGAGCUGUACCAAAACAACCUCGAAAAUGGCAACAUGCGACAGCGACGGAUCUUGUGCUGUGGCGGAGGUGAACCCAGACAUCCACAUCUGCGGCUUCUGCAAACAGCAGUACAACAACUAUGAGUUUUUUCUGGCCCAUAAGCAGAAGGGAUGCUCCCUUCCGACCUCUCACACUGCGGCCAGCUCUGCAUCAACAUCUCUCUCAGAUUGCAGCUCUGAGUUUGUUCUUGAGGAUGCUUACCAGGUCUGCGUGGUGAGAGGUGUCAAGAAGUCGCUGACCAAAGCGGAGAAAGCUCCAUCCAAGAAACUAAAACCUGCGCUGACCUCCAAAAGACACUCCUGCUGUUUCUCAGGCUGCACCUUUAAGACACAAUAUGGCCAAAAAGACAUGGAGCGCCAUCUCAAAACUCACACUGGCGAGAAGCCGUUCGAAUGCGAGCUGUGCCACAAGCGCUUCAGUCGGCGCGACAAACUCAACAUGCACAGCCGCUCCCACACGGGCGAGAGGCCUCACAAGUGCAAGCACUGCUCCUACGCGGCAGCAGACAGCAGCAGCCUGAAGAAGCACCUGCGGAUCCACUACGACGAGCGGCCCUUCAAGUGCCAGAUCUGCCCCUACGCCAGCCGCAACUCCAGCCAGCUCACCGUGCACCUGCGCUCUCACACGGGAGACGCGCCGUUCCAGUGCCAGCAGUGCGACGCAAAGUUCAAGAUCAACUCCGACCUGAAGAGGCACCUCCGCAUUCACUCCGGCGAAAAGCCCUACAAAUGCGACUUCUGCGAGUACCGCUGCGCCAUGAAGGGGAACCUGAAGUCUCACACGCGCCUCAAACACGGCACAGAGAACCUGUUCCGGUGCGAGCGGUGCGACUACGCCUCCGCCAGCCGGCUGGCGCUGCGGCAGCACGCCAGGCAGCACCUGCCCGCGCAGCCCUUCCAGUGCUCCAAGUGCUCCUACUCCUGCGCCAGGAGGGGCGCGCUCAAAGUCCACGAGCGCGUCCACUCAGAGGAGCGGCCGUUCGGGUGCGACCUGUGCGGUUUCGCCGCCAAGCGGCUCAGCUACCUGUUCGCCCACAGAGAGCAGUGCCACUCGGACAGAGGCGAGAAGGGAGGCGCGCGGCAGGCCGGCAGAGGACUCGGCUCCCCGCAGCCUGUCGGCUCUCGCUAUCGGGCAAAGCUGGACGCGGCGCGGGCUUUCCACUGCGACCUGUGCGAGGCGUCGUUCGUGAGGGCCGACUCGCUGCGCAGCCACAAGAAGCAGCACCGGGACGCCCAGGACGCGGCAGACUCAGUCCAGCUGCUUCCCGUUCCCGCCCAGACUCUUCCCUUACCGUCGAGCUCGGUGGCUUCCUACGGUGAGGCGCAGGUCAAAAUCAUCGUCCAGCCGCCUUUGGGUCAGCAUGGCUCCGUAACGCCUGCAGACCGGACAGGCCAAGCUGAAGCGGCCUUACUGGAGCCAGACAACCAGGACAUGGCCGCCAACCUUGUGGCGGCGGUACAACCUCUCAGGUCCUCGCACGGCACUGAAGCGCAGACGGUCCCGCUGACGAGGCUGGGUCCGGACAGCACCACCCCUCCGGACUCCUGCAUCAGCAGCAGCGGCGGGUCGACUCUGAUCACCUACAGCUCCGAUCUGGAGGGCUUCAGCGCCUUGAUGCAGAAGAGCUCGGCGACGGCGGAUUCCAAGCCGACCGCGGCUCAUCAGGAAGCCGCCCUGGUGGUUCCGAGCGUCAGCGGGCAGAACGUGCUCAUCCAGUGCGUUCCGCUGAUCGUGUGCGCGCCGCCGCCGCAGCAGGCCGCGCUGGAGCCUCCCUCCUCACACACACACACCGCUGGUUCACACACACCGGGAAGCACGGCGCAGUGAGGGAAGGGCGCUUCACAUUUCCUGUGAGAUCUUCACAUCAUUUGGAGCUCUUCCUUUAGUUAUUUGGCCCGUUUUGUUUUGUUAGUUUGAAUGAUCGCCAACGCUCAUCAAAGCGUAUUUUGGUUUGGACAAAGCGGGCUAGCGUUAAGCUUCUGGAAUGGCCUUCCUACACAUCUGUUCACAUCUGUGUCUCUAUGGUUAAAAGGUGUGGAAAAGUCUGGAGUAAAACCAGCCAAUAUGAAUUGGCUUUUCACUGCAAAAAGGGAACUAAAAUUAAGUAAAAAGUUCUUGAAAUGUGUGUAUUUAGCCUUGAUGUGAGCAGGCAAGUUUAAAUUAUCUGCCAGUGGAAUAAGAUGAGGAACAACUCAUCGUCUUAUUUCAUGUGCGGUACAUCUGAUUAUCUUAGUUUAGGGGUAACAAUACUCAGAAAAUCUUACCUACCUGCUCAAAUUAAGGUCAAAUACACUCAUUUCAAGGAGAUUUUACUUGCACGUCGUUCCCGUUCUGUUGAGAAAAGUGGUCAAAUAUCCAGUCAGAACCUUUAGUUGCUACAUAAAGCGUGGUGAUGUGCCACUUUCAUCCAUCCCUGUUUAUUACUGAACACACAGCCAGGCGUGCACACGCUUAUGCUAGUUCUAAAAGACCCAACAUGGAUAUUUCUGUGCAGGGAGCCAGAGUGGACCCACACAUGCGUGCUUGGAGCGUCCAAAGCCCGCCAGGUCUGGAUCUGAACCAGGACCCUCACGGCAACCCUUAAAGAGUUAAACGGUAGUCGUCAUCUGUUUAUACUCCAUCCUCUUUGUACCAGACACCAGUACCUCCAGCAGCAAAAAGACCCACAGCAUGAUGCUCCCACCGCCUUACUUGACAGUUGUUGCGUUGUGCUCGUGUUUAAACGUCUCCAGUCUUCACGGGAGAACGGAGAGAGUAACGGGUUCAAAUAAAAGUAUUACCACGCCGUGACCGUCAGAAAUGUAGGUCAACUUCCCUAGGAGUUAAAAACGGCAAAAAUGUCAAUGCUGACAUGAAUGACGCUGACUCCAAGAGAACCAGCUGCCAGUUUGUGAACAAGGAGGCUUCGCUCGGUGUGGCCGGGACUAGCAGGGUGGGAGUAAAGUGUUACGGUUGUUCUGCAAAGAUGAAAUGGCAACACUUAACCACAAGGCUCCCCUCAUAGAUGGCUAAUAGUUCAUAGCUUUUAUCAGUUAAUCUGGAAACCCUUUACAACACAUUAAUUACUAUUUAUUGUGCAUUGAUUAAGGGAGCGCAAGAGAUAGAACGGACCGGCUUGUGGUUACAAAGCAGCAGCUUGGUCUGACAUUUUUAAUACAAGCAAUUAUAGAUGAAGUCUGUAGUUAGACUCACUAUUUAGAAAGAAACAGGUCAGUUUUGUCUCUUGCUCGUUUUUGAUUUUGCAUAAAUGCUUGUUAAUGAGUUAUAAAGUGUUUACAGAUUAAUUAAUAGCAUAUCUAUAAGCUAUUUAUUAGCCAUCUAUAAGGGGAGCCUUAUUGUAAAUGGUACUGAUAAAAUAUGAAUGGAGAUUGUGUUUACAGGCAAAAUGGGUGAGGACACAAACUGACAGGAGGGAUUUUUACUGCACAUGUCCCCCGUAUUUUGACAGCAGGCUACUAACAUUUCUGUGGCGCUGAUGGAAUAGUUUCCUUUUCGAGUAUAAGCCUCAGCGACAAACACUUAUCAGCUCAAACGGUACGCACACGUUUGUUCAGACGAUUAUGCAGCGGUGCUCUCCAGCUCAUCGGUGACUGCCAUCCCGAAUUCAAAACCGAGCUCAGUUAAGAUCCGAAUCAUUCUUCAUUUUAAAAAGGAUUCUACUUUGAGAUUCAUUGUAGUUUCAGGAACCUCCUUGUCAAAAGAUCAGAAUAAAGUGUUGGUUUGAUGCAAUUUUCUAGUCUGUCCAAAAGGGGGCGGCAGAGUGUCAAGAGUAAAGGUUGCAGUUGACUUUGAGCUAAUGCAGCCCUUGCUUAUACUUCUGUAUGUGCAUUUUUUUUUUUUUUUUUUUUGUUGAAAACUCCCCAGGCCUCUGUCUGAACCUUGAAAACAGAUGUCAAUUGUAAAUAACAUUAGUUCAAUCAUCAGGGUCUUUGAUUCUAAAAGCCAAGCUGCUCCAGCAAUAGAUUUUUCAAUAAAGUGCCUGUUCUGCUUGUUGCCAUCUAUUAUUCUGGCCAUUUUUUUUACACAGAUGUCAGCACUCUGCGUCCUCAGGCGGAGGAUGCUGUACCUGAAUAGGAGGCUCCUGCCAAUUGAUUUCUGCUUUCCUCCCGCCACUAAUGGAUCCGCUGAAGCACGCUGCUGCGUUUUGGGGCUCAGCAUGAGCACAAACUCCAGCAAAGUCACUUCCUGAUGAAGAUGUCUGUCAACGCCGAGGGUCUGCAGCAGAGUUCGUGUUUGACAAAGGGACGCACGAUUGUGCUCCUUUUUAGUCGUUCCUGAUUUAAUUAGGGAGUCCUUUCAUCUUUUCUCUGGAAUAACAGGGGCUUUAUUUUUUUUCUUCUUACAGAGUAGGCCUUUAAGUGCACAUUUGCAAAUGUGGUCAAACUCCAAAAAAACCUCAGGCUGUCCAGGUUACAGACGGCUGCACUCUAACAUGCAUAUUUUUGCUAAGACCGAUCCGGAUGCAACCGUUAAUGCCGCAGCUUUGUCAUUUACAACGACACCAGAAAAGGCGAGAAUAGUUCAUUAAGACAACAGUGAUUGUGUCGAAUCAGGAAAUCGGUCUACCAAGGAGCAAUAACAAAGGUCACUACGUAGGUAACAAUGCUUUCAGAUAUUGUUUUGCUCCUAAAGCAGAAUUUCGUGUGUUUUUUUUUUUAACCAAUCAGUUUAUUUUCUUUGCAUUGUGUGAUAAAGUAUAACAUAUCAGCCUGUACUCACGCAAACACAACGUC